GGCGUGCUCGCCUCCGCUGCUGCUGCGCCGGUGUGGGGGCGAGUCCCGCUGUGGGGGCGCCAUGUCCACCUACUCCCGGCCGCAAGUCCCGGCCGGCUCGUGCGGCGCCAUCUCGCUGCGGCUGGCGGGCCGCGACCUGCUCAAGCCGAUCAGCAAGAUGGACCAGGCGUUUUACUUUCUGCAGCCGGUCGACGUCGUCGCGCUGCGCAUCCCCGACUACCCCACCAUCGUCCGCGAGCCCAUGGACCUCGGCACGAUCGAGAAGAAGCUUGACGCGAGCAGCUAUGCGACGACGGAGGAGUUUGUGGCCGACGUCAAGCUCGUCUGGUACAACGCGCGGCUGUACAACCCGGUCGGCUCGGUGGUGCACGAGGCGGCCAGGGCGCUCGAGAAGGCCUUCGACGACCGGCUCGAGGCCCUGGUCGGCUCGUGCGACCGGCCCGCGCCUCCCGCGCCGGACUCUGACGCGGCGGACGGCGUGCCCGCCUCAAAGCUGCGGCCCCUCCUGCGCAGCCUGCAGUCGCACGCGCGCUCGAAGCCGUUCCGCGUGCCGGUGGACUACGUGGCGCUCAACCUGCCGCACUACCCGACCAUCAUCACGCAGCCGAUGGACCUCGCCACCGUCUCCUCCAACCUCGAGCGGGGCCGGUACGGCACGGUCGCCGACCUGAGGCGCGACAUCGACCUCAUCUGGCAGAACGCGAUCGACUUCAACGGGCCGACGUCGUGGAUCGGGGCGGACGCGUCGACCCUCCGGGAGCACACCAAGCGAAAGUUCAGCCAGUCCGGCUUCGCAGACACCGCCGCCAUCGCCCUCGACGCCGCCGCGCCGCCGCCGGCCGCGCCCGCGCGAAAGCGCGCGCCGGCGCCGCCCGCCGCCGCGCGGCCGGCGGGGCGGUCGGGCGCGGCGGGCGGGGCGAGCGCUGCGGCGGGUGCGGUGGAGGCGGACAGCUUCGAGAUGACCCUCGGCCAGUGCCGCUCGCUGCUGCGCCCCUUUCUGCAGAUGCCUCAGGCGCGUGACUUCCUCGCGCCCGUCGACCCGGUUGCGCUCAACAUCCCCGACUACCCGACGGUGAUCACCCACCCGAUGGACCUCGGCACCGUCGAGCAGCGCCUCGACCGCAAGGAGUACACCGACGCGGGAGGCUUCGUCCGCGACAUGCGCCUCGUCUGGAGCAACGCAAUCAGGUACAACCCCGUCGGCACGCCCGUCCACGCCGCCGCCGCCGCCCUCUCGGCCGAGUUCGAGAAGCGCCUACUCGCCACCAUCGAGCCCGCCUUCGCUGGGCCGACCGGCGACCAGCCCCGCCCCGCGCCCGCGCCGCCAGCGCCGCCGCGGCCCGCGCCGGCGCCGCCGCGGCCAGCGCCGCCGCGGCCAGCGCCGCCGCGGCCGGCGCCGCCGCGGGCCGCUCCGGCGCCGCCACCGCCAGCCGCACCGCCCGCGGCCGGCGCUGCGAGAGCGGCGCCGCCACCGCCGCGACCGCGCGCGCUGCCCGCUGCGACGUACCUCAAGGAGGAGGCGACCGGUGAAGCGGCUCGCGUGCGGGCGAUGUACAAGAAGGCUGUGUACUCGCUGCGGAUGCACAGCGGU